AUUGUAGCGAAAAGUUUCCAAAAUCUUUCACUUCCUACUAGUCGCAUUGCAGUGGUACAAAAAUCUGUGAUUUUUAAUAUAAAAUAUAGUUUUUAAAUGUCAGCGUGAAAGAAAGGUAAUUUAUUUAGUGUAUUGUCAUGCAAAGCAGUGAUAAAGAAGAAUCUGUUCCCGAUAACUUUUCACCUAACCUCAAUGAAUUGCCCCAAGAAGACGAGGAGAGGCUUGAGAAGCUGUUCAAUACCCUCGACAAAAAUGGGAAUGGGAGAAUUGAUAUCCACGAUCUUUGUCAUGCCCUUCAGAAGCACGGGGUGCAUCAUGGAUAUGCAGAGAAAUUUCUUGAAAAUACCAAAAGCAGCAGUGGGGAACUCUCAUUGGCUGAUUUUAUUUAUUAUGUUCGAGAGCAUGAAAAAAAUUUGAGGUUGCAUUUUUCAAAUUUAGAUAAAAACAGGGAUGGAAAAAUUGAUUUAGCAGAGCUCAUCAAAGCGUUUAGUGAUUUAGGUAUACCCUUAGAAAGGGGGGAGGCAAGGAAUCUGUUGCAGAGAAUGGAUCAGGAUGGUAGUCUCAAUAUUAGUUACGAUGAAUGGAGAGAUUUUUUGCUAUUGGCACCUAGUAGCAAUAUCAGGGAUCUUAUUACAUAUUGGAGGCAUUCAACGUACCUGGACAUAGGGGAGGAUAUGAAUGUACCUGAUGACUUCACUCAGAAGGAAAUGCAAACUGGUAUGUGGUGGAGGCAUUUAGCUGCUGGUGGUGUUGCGGGAGCGGUAUCCAGAACAUGUACUGCGCCUUUAGAUCGAUUAAAAGUAUUUUUACAGGUGAAUCCUAGUAGACAAAAAAUCGUUGAUUGUUUUCAAAAUAUGCUUAAGGAAGGAGGAGCGCGUGGUUUAUGGAGAGGCAAUGGGAUAAACGUAUUAAAAAUUGCACCGGAAACUGCAAUUAAGUUUGCGGCAUAUGAGCAAGUGAAAAGACUGAUCAAAGGAGAUUCUCAGCACGUUUUGAGCAUUUAUGAAAGAUUUGUUGCCGGAGCCCUGGCGGGUGGUUUUAGUCAAUCGGCAAUUUAUCCAUUAGAAGUACUCAAAACAAGAUUAGCAUUAAGAAAGACCGGCCAGUAUAAGAGUAUAGCCGAUGCUGCCUACAAGAUAUACGUUACUGAAGGCCUAAGGAGCUUUUAUAAAGGCUACAUUCCAAAUAUAUUAGGUAUUAUUCCAUACGCAGGUAUAGAUCUUGCAGUUUAUGAAACUUUAAAGAAAAAAUAUUUCAAAACUCAUUCUAGUAACGAACAGCCUAGCUUCUGGACGCUUCUAGCUUGCGGUAGUGCGAGUAGUACCCUAGGACAAAUGUGCUCGUAUCCAUUAGCACUUGUAAGAACGAGGCUCCAAGCUCAUGUGUCUCAUCCUAGUGUGGACCCGUCAUCGGGGACGAUGACAGGAGUUUUCCGAUCAAUAAUAGAACGCGAAGGAUUCUUUGGUUUAUAUAGAGGCAUUACACCGAAUUUCAUCAAAGUCAUGCCAGCAGUUAGUAUCAGUUAUGUCGUAUACGAAUACUCCAGUCGAUUAUUGGGCGUCAAUAUGACGUGAUGAAGCUUAUUCGAUCUAGUAAGGAAUUGUAUUUAUUUUCGAUCGGCGCCGCCCGACGAGUCGGUUGGGCGGUACAAAGAAGGCAUAAACCGAAUACAAAAGCGAUUGGGUAUCUCGGUGAAUUUUUAAUUUGUUGAAAGAAAAUCGUUCCAAACAUCUUUCUUUAAACUAUUUCCAUUUUACAAAAUUAUUGUUGCCGAGAAGUUAGGACAGAAUAAUUAUUGUAGUAUAGUUUGGGAAAAUGUUGAUUUUAUGAGCUCAAGUAAAAAGAUUUUACAUUCCAUUUAAAAAAAUUUUGAAAUUUUAAAAUUAAUGUAUACUUUAUAAGUAGUAGUAGUAGUAUCGAAAUUUGGUAUUUUCAAGUCUCAUACUUUGAAUGAAAUUCAAAAAUUAUUGGUAUUAAUUCAUCAAAAAUAUUUUAUUCGCCGACGUUGAAAAUUUAUUUUCUAGAGAUGUGUUUGGAAUAAUUUUCAGAAAAUAAUUUAUUUAGGCAUUUUCCGCCACCUAGUUUAAUUUAUUUAUUUUUUUAUUAAUAAUAGAUAGGCUUCAACUAUUGAUGGUUAUAUGACCAUUAUUUUUCUAAUGAUGUUAAUAAAUUCCUAAGUAUAAGUUGAAGUGUAUUUUUUUGAAUCUCCAAUAACUAAUUUGAAAGUUGACAACAAAGUAUUUCUAGAUUACUUUGGAAUUUGGACAAAUUUUCCAAAAGGAGUCUAAUCCGUUUACCAGAACUCUACAUGCUUAAAAAUAUUUGAGAUAAUAUGCUAUUGAGAACUUAUCCUGAUCACUUAUAACUUGCCGACUAUUGUUCCCCAUUUCUUUCUGUUCAGCAUCUGUUUGUUCUAGUCAUGUACUCCCAGGUUUUGCAAAUCUUGUACAAUCUGAUUUAUUUUUUGAUCUACCAAGCAAUCUUUCCUCGUUUUGUCUCCUUUCUCCAUUUUUUAAUGUUCCGAGCCAUUGUAUUCCUUUUGCUGUAAAUGUAUUUACUAUAUCCUCUUUUUCUAAUAUAUUCUUAAUUUAUUAGAUCAUAAGUCCUCUAUGCUUAUUGUUUCCAACUUUCACUGGUUCUUGAAUUUUCCUAAUUAUUCUUCUCUCAUAUAUCCUUAGUUGUUCUUCGUUUAUAUUUGUUAGUCUCAGUUUUAGCGCAAAAAAUAUCAAGUUUUUCAUCCAGAUUUUGAAAAAAAAUAUGAGAACCGGAUUUCACAUCAAAGAGUUAUAAAAAAAUUUCUAGUUAUAAAAUAUGUAGAGAAUUCUAAUGGGUUGAUUUUUUCUGCCCAAAAAAUCAGGUGACCACGAAAGUAUAACUACCAAAAGCUUAUUACAAUUACACUGUCUAGUCCUUCGAACUUUCAUUGGUCGUUAUAUCCAGCUUGAAGGACCAAACAGUGUAAUUCUUAGUUUAGCGGUAUUCAGUAUACCUACAUGACAUUUAUAAAGAAUCUAAUAUAUAUGUAAUAAUUUAAUAUGUAAUCAGAAUAGUUUUCAAAUAUUUCAGAAUGAUUGUAUCACUGACCAAAUGAUUUUUUAAUCUCUCUCUUGAUUCAUUUUAAGUCUUUUUUAAGUGAUUUGUACCUGAGAUUUUCAAUCAACGAUUGUUGCAAUACUAUAAUAUAAAAUGACUUUCAUAACACUCGAAGAUUAGUUUAGCAUUACGCCUGCCUUGAUAAAAUUAUUUUUGAUGUUCAGUAUUUAGACAAUCCUCAACUUUCUAUUUACCUAGAGAUGUUUAAUCAUCAUAAAUAUUUAAACUUAAUUUAUGGUUAGGUAUUUGUUGUUGUCUCUUUUGUUCAUACGAGUCUCUCUAGUUUACAUGAAAAAAAAUACACUUUAGCAAGUCCUAGAAACGUGUGUAUUUGACACAAAAUAUGUGAUGCACUAAGAAUAAUUAAGUUUUAAGCCCUUUUUUGCUCUAAACCAAUAUGUUUGUGUCUAAUGCACUUUUCUAUUUUUACUAAAAGAAUAAUAACAAAUUCAUUAUUCAACUGUUCCAUUGCAAAAAUUGUUAAAAUAAUGCUUUUAAUAAGAAUUCUAGUAGUUUUCGAUACUUCCCUGGCUGUUUUUGAUGUUACUGUUUUCAGUCAACUUAUUUUUAAUGGAAUUUUAGCUAUGAACUUCAGCAUUUCAAUGUAUUAAAAAAUUAUAAAUAUAAUAUUAAAUUCCAGAAAUUAUAAAGGGAUAUGUGAUGUACUUAAUAUUUUAAUAAACUGAAAUUAUGGUAUUAUACUGUAAAAUGUAUUUCUACAAAAAUAAAAUGUUAUUCAUUA